GUCGGCUGUAGCAACACCGGUUCACUGUCGCUGCUUCGUCUCCGCUGCCUUUAAACAGCGCAUCGUGGAAGAAAAACAAAACAUAUCCUGUGUGUUUAUGUUUCAACCAGUUGUUUAUAAUGUGAUACAAUGCUCCUGUCGUCUGAGACUCAGACAGCAGCUUUCUUUGGUGAGGAGGAAGACGUCGUAGUGUUGCAUGAGAAAACGUUGCUGACUGGAGUUUACAGCAGACAGACACCACCAGCAGCUACAUCUCACUCCCGGGCUCCUGUAAGAGCCACUCUUUGCUCCACAACCAAAUGAAGCCAAGUGCCACCCAAGGCGCAGCACUCACAGAGGACUCCACCUGUAACUGGGAUUCCUGUGCACUGUGCUGGGCUCCAGUAGCCCACCCAUGCCUGUGAUCCCCAUCCCACGGCGGGUGCGCAGCUUCCAUGGCCCCCACACCACCUGCAUGCACUCGGCCUGUGGGUCAACGCACGCGUCCAAGCUAGUGCGCACCAAGUACAAUAACUUUGACCUCUACCUGCGCUCGCGCUGCAUGUACAGCUUCCUCCGUUUUCUGCUCUACUUCGGCUGCAGCCUGCUGACCUCCCUGCUCUGGGUGGCGCUCUCCACUCUCUUCUUCCUGCAGUACGUCAGCGUGCGCGUGCUCCUGAGGCUGCAGUACAAGCUGUCUGUCAUUCUGCUUUUGUUAGGGCACCGGCGCCUGGACUUUGGGGUGCUUAACGACCUCAUCAUCUACAGCAUGCAGAUCACCAUGUUUCUGGUGGGGGGGCUCGGCUGGUGCUUCAUGGUGUUCGUGGACAUGUGAGCAACGAGGGAAAUGGGUGCAAUGUGGAUGCUACGCACUGUAAUUUCAGCAUUGUGUGGUGUUAUGGGACAACAUGCACCUUUAGCAUGUCCUGUAGGACUGCUCUGCAUCUCAAAUCAAAAAGACUCCUUUGACGCCAACUCCAAAUCGUAUUGGUUUAGUUUCAGAUAUGAUAGAAUCCAAUAAGAGUCUGUGUAACAACUGUGUGUACCGUCCUUUUAAAAUGUUGCUCCUGUAUAACUCAGAGAGAACCACCUGGUUGCUGAAUAUCAAAACUGACGCAUGAAGUCGGUUUGAACAUGAGUCAGACCUGAGUCAUCAUGUAGAACUCUACAGACAUCGAUAGGGUCAAAAGCUCUUCAAUCUCAAUUGUAUUUUCAUGCCAUUUGUAAACCGUUUUAACACAUUUCCGAAAGACAUCUCGACUAGAAACUCAUUUGUUUACAAUAAUGGAAAAUGUGAAUGUCAAAGUCAAUGUUGCAUGGAAAAGUGACUGAACAUGUGACUGAUGUGCAUCAUGGUUGUGUGAUGCAAGACAGUCAUUUGUGCCAAAAUAACACGGGUUGGGCUCCAGAUGCAAAAGUGUACCAUAAUCCCCAGGUUGAGAUAAUUACAGUUAUGUCUUAUGUAAACACUGUAUCAUGUAAACGUACAUGUAGCACAGAGACACAGUAACUUAUGGUGGAUAAAAGUGACCAAAAACAAGCUGUCAAUAGCGUGUGUGGGUGUGUGUGUGUGAUGCGGUUUUGUGGAGAGGGCAGGGCAGAAUAGGAGAAAGGGCACAAAGUGACAAACAACUUCUUCUUUUUUUUGUAAAGUUAUUAAAUCAAUUUCCU